AACCACUUCUGACUCUGAGCCCAAUCUCUACUCUGGUGUACCGCGGCGUAGUCGAACUAUACGAGUCCUAAAGACUCCAGAUCUGAGCUAACUGCUGGGCAGGCAUAAUCAGAUCUACGCAAGUCACAUCUUUUUUCUUUCAUACUCGUUGAGUGCAAGUCCUCGUAAUCCAAAUGGCUUCGAGCUCCAGUGCCCUCCUGUACCAAUUAGAUCAAGCCCAGCUCGAACGGUCGCGAUAUAGGAAUGCGCCGGACAUCAAGCAACGACUAACAGAAUGCGAGAGGGAGCUGCUCGAAUGGAAGGAGAGGGCACUGCAAGCGGAGGCAAGGCUGGCCAACAUCGAAGCGGCGAUUCGACUACCUUCACUACCUCCGAGGCGAGAUACGCCCGAGACGCGCGCAGCGACGGCACCAACACCAUUCGCGCAGCUCCCUACCCCGAUCGAACAGUCCCCACGCGAAGCUGAGGAGCGGGAGUCAGUGGACCGGCCUAAGCCCACAAGAAACAGCCAGCUUCGUACACCGCCCGCGGAGGCCCACCCAUACGACAGUCGACCGACUCCAGAGACCGUCCAGACACCAACUGCAUUCCCCCUCGCGCUUUCCGAUCAUGCGACGCCCGAAUACGAGUGCAUUGCGGGACCCAGCCGGGAGACGACGUCCCCUCCCGAAGCCGCUCGUUUAUUCGAUGUCGAAGAAGAGAAGGCUCAGGCAGAGUCACCCCACCUGCAAGCCGACCCUGGCGACAUCAGUUCCCUGACCGAACUCUCAAGUGAGGACGAGGAUGCAUCACCCACACCCAAGCUCGAGGACGAGGUAGCCCUCCCUCGAAAGCGUAGCGCCAGCAUCGCACUUCAAGGCGGCCGCUUCCUCAAGCGACCUCGACAGCAACGUCCACUGCAAUUUGAUUUUGUCGAGAUCCCCCCGCCACCCCCAGCCCUCCGCCGCGCCCUCCUCAACGAACGACGGCUUACCACGUACAAGAACCCCAUACCCACCGUCCUCGCCUCCAUCGCUGCCUUCCCCUCCCCCACCGAUCUUCCGCCCGUUCCCCGUGUCACGCGUCGCUUCCUUUGCGCCCUCUACGGCUCCGCGGAGAAUUCCCUCCGUGGGCGCAUCACCACCAAGCCCUACACCCAUUCGCGCGUGCAGACGGGGCCCGACGGCCAAUUCCUCUCCGCGACCUUCGCGAACAUUGACAUGAACCCGCACAUGUGCGCGCGGCCGGGCGCGCCGGGUGUUCUGCUGACUCGGCGGACAGAUGUACUGUUCGACGCGCCGACGCCGGUGUUCGUGGGGAGGGUGGCGGGCGAGUGGGAGUAUGUGGGGCAGUACGUGUCCGAGGUGGGGAGGGCGCUGAGGGCGGAGGAGUUCUGUGAGAUGCCGGAGGAGGUGCAGAGACGAUGGGCGACAGGGAUCACGACAAUGAGUCGUACGAAGUGCUGGAGGGAUAUGCGGGCGACCGUCUUCGGUGAUGAGAAGGACCGCCAGAAUGACCCCGAAGCCGAAGAAGUAAUGCUGAAUGCUCUCAAGACGGGCGUCGUGAACCUCAAAGUCAUCGUCUUCACCUGUAAGGGAUACAACACCGACAUCGCGCGCGACAUCCUCGAAUGGUGGCCCAGACGAGAAGAACUGGAGGGGCUAUACCGAAAGCAUCAGAAGGCGGAGGAGCAGGCCAAGGCGACGUCCGCGAACAAGAAGGGCAAGCAGCCAUCGGUGAAGAGGAGAAAGCCUACAGCUAAGAAUAAGGCUCAAACGCCAUUCGACCCGCCCCACACACCGCGCAAGAAACCCCGUUUGGUGAGCCCGGCAAAGGGGCAAGGACCGGACGAGGCUGGCCCGUCAUCGUCACGGACAGAGGUCAUCACGCCUAGUAGGAGGACGCCUUCGCAGCGGAGACAGAAAACGCCGCCAUGGGUGCGGCAAGGAUACGGACCUCCCAUUGACAACAACGACGAUGAUUCGGACUACAAGCCUUAACCUCGCUCGGACUCUUCGAUUCGUUGCGACUUGCAUAUGCGUAGCUCCUCUAUUAUUCCCGACGCCUAUUCUAUCGCCUCAUCCUCCUGCCAUAGUGUAAUUCUAGAUACAUCCAUACAUACUUGCAGUGCAAUGCAGUCUACAAGGAAGGGAGACACUCAGUAACCAG